CUCCAUGAGUUUUGUGCCUGACAGGGCAUCUGCCACCGAGGGUUUAUGUAGGAUAUUCUGUAUACAAAGGGAAAGCUGCUCUUACAGUGGAGCCUCGGCCUCCAGAGUUCUAUCCUUUGGAUGAGCAGUCUGGGGCAUUCAAAGUGUCAAAGGAGGGUUAUGUGUUGCUACAGUUCGCACCUGCUGCUGGUGUUCGCCAAUAUGAUUGGAGUCGAAAGCAGGUAUUUUCAUUGUCGGUGAUGGAAAUAGGACAUCUGAUCAGUCUUGGGGCAAAAGACUCUUGUGAAUUUUUUCACGAUCCUUUUAAAGGAAAGAGUGAUGAAGGUAGGGUCAGAAAAGUGUUGAAGGUGGAACCCUUGCCAGAUGGUUCUGGCCACUUCUUUAACCUCAGUGUUCAGAAUAAGCUCAUAAAUUUGGAUGAGAGCAUUUAUAUUCCUGUUACGAAGGCAGAGUUUGCUGUCUUUAUAUCAACAUUCAAUUAUAUCUUGCCAUACCUUUUAGGCUGGCAUACGUUUGCAAACUCUAUAAGGCCAGAAGGUGAAAGUCGUGCUAAUGCCAGAUCCGGAGUGGAAAAUGAAUGGAACAGAUAGUCGCUCACUGCUCCAGUAUGAGGUUUGCUAGUCAAAAAACAGGACUGUUUUUGGAUUCUUGACUUUUGUAAUUUCUUCUCUCCUUUUCUUCCUAUUUUCUUGCUUGUUGUGCUAUGUAGUAUGUUUGGCGAGAAGGGCAACUGUUUCCGAGAAUUUUUCCAAUUUCGAUGUUACCUGUUCGCAGAGUUGGUGAUAAUCCCAUAUUAUAUAUUGGAACAGAGUCGUGAGAUUUUGUCAUUUUUCAAUCUAAUUUAGUCCACUACAUCGUAUUGAUUAUGUGUACCAGUUACUUUUGUCGAAUUUAGUUUUUUUCCUAUUUUAAAUAAAAUGACAUAGUUACUUA